ACAAUUUCAUAGUGCCAAUGGUCAAUUUAUUGAAGAUAAUCGGUUAAUAUUAGGUCUUUGGAGGCUUAGUAGAGGAAUGAUAUGGAAUUCUGUGGGGGAGUCUGGAAAAGAAACCCAUAAAAUAGGAAAUAAACUUCAGCGCCCUUAUCCGCAGAAUGUGUCGUUCCCCUGCGACGUAUCCGCUGGAAGGAGUCAGGUGCGUCCCACCUCCGUUCAUAAAUUAAAAGCCGGCGAUAUAGAUGUCGUUGCGGGACUCGGGGACUCGCUGAUGUGCAACAACGGGGCCGCUGCCAGCAAUAAUUUCCAAGUGGUACGAGAAAACCGCGGUCUGUCAUGGGCUGCUGGUGGCCAAGGAACGUGGCGUGAAUUUACUACAUUUCCCAACAUUAUAAAGGUGUACAAUCCGGCGUUGCAAGGGUAUGCAAUAUACGACGGAUUCACGGUUCACAACACCAGUAAAUUAAAUCUUGGCGAACCGGGCGCGCUCUCCAUCGACAUGCUGUACUCGGCCCAGGUACUUCUACGGCGCAUGCAGGACGACCCGAAUAUAGACGUGCAAAAGCACUGGAAGGUAAUUACAAUUAUGAUUGGCGCCAAUGAUAUGUGUUCCCAUCUAUGCUAUGAGAGAAACCCUGAAUCUUAUCCAGAACUACAUAGGCGGAAUUUGAUAAAAGCUUUGAAAUAUAUCAAAAAUAAUAUUCCCAGAUCGUUUGUAAAUAUAGUGGCAGUACCACCAAUAAAUCUUCUUACCGGAUUCCGCCAUCAGCCUCCUAUUUGCUGGGCUUGGCAUUUGGUUGAAUGCUCUUGUUUCUUUGGCUCUCGGGUAGAGAAACAACAACCACGAUAUAUAAAUAUAUUGAAAAGAUGGGUUGCCGUAGAAAAAGAAGUGUCCGCAUUGCCCGAGUUUCAAGAUAAAGAAGACUUUGCCGUUGUUUUCCAACCAUUCACUACAGAAAUCGAAAUACCAAAAAAUUCCAAUGGUUUGGAAGAUUUAUCCUAUUUAAGUGUAGAUUGUUUCCAUUUAAGCCAAAAAGCGAAUGCUUUAGCUGGCGUCGCGUUAUUUAACAAUAUGUUCCAACCCAUUGGUCAGAAAGAUACGAAUUGGAAACCAUACUAUGAUAAUUUUCCAUGCCCGCCCAAAGCCAAUCCGUAUAUUAAAACGCAUUUAAAUAGUAAUAAAUGA